AUGGUCAGCCCGGUGCCCGCGGGACAGGGCUCCUGCGCGAGGGCCGACACGCUGCUCGCGGGUCCUCCCCGCUCCUCCCCGCCGCCUUCCCCUCUCUCCUCAGUGGAGAUCGCCACCAAGGCCAACCCCUGGUUUGGCAACACGCUGAAGGCCGACAGCCUCCGCUCGCAGCUGGACGCGUCUCUGGAGCGGCUGGGGGGGAAGACGCAGCUCUUCUACCUCCACGCGCCCGACCACGGCACCCCGGUGGAGGAGACGCUGCGGGCCUGCAAUGAGCUGCACAAAGAAGGGAAGUUCAAAGAGCUCGGUCUAUCCAACUACGCGGCCUGGGAGGUAGCAGAAAUCUGUACCCUCUGCAAACACAACAACUGGGUGAUCCCAACCGUGUACCAGGGCAUGUACAACGCCACCACUCGCCAGGUGGAGACGGAGCUGUUUCCUUGCCUGAGACACUUCGGCCUGCGGUUCUACGCCUACAACCCGCUGGCCGGAGGACUGCUGACGGGCAAGUACAAGUACGAGGACAAAGAUACAAGCCAGCCUACUGGAAGGUUUUUUGGGAAUGACUGGGCUGAGAUCUACAGGGACAGAUACUGGAAAAAGCACCAUUUUGAAGCAAUUGCCGUCGUAGAAAAGGCUGUGAAGGAUGCUUAUGGCUCCAGUCCCCCCAGCCUGACGGCCGCCGCUCUACGUUGGAUGUACAACCACUCCGAACUUCAGGGCUCCCUCGGAGACACGGUGAUCAUCGGCAUGUCCAACCUGGAGCAGCUGGAGCAGAACCUGGCCGGCUGCGAGGAGGGUCCCCUGCACCCGGCCGUGGUGGAGGCGUUCGACAGGGCCUGGAGCCUCACGGCGCACGACUGCCCCAGCUACUUCCGCUAG